AUGACUGGCGGAACAACCGUUCGCGAUGUUGAUGCGCAGAAGUUCAUCAACGCCUACGCUGCUUUCUUGAAGCGUCAGGGCAAGCUCCCCAUCCCUGGUUGGGUCGAUACUGUCAAGACUGGUGUCGCCAAGGAGCUCCCUCCCCAGGACAUUGACUGGUACUACAUCCGCGCCGCUUCCAUCGCGCGCCACGUCUAUCUCCGCAAGACCGUCGGUGUCGGCCGUCUCCGCAAGGUCCACGGUACCGCCAAGAACCGCGGCGCCCGUCCCUCCAAGCACAUUGAUGCCUCGGGUUCCGUCGACCGCAAGGUCCUCCAGUCCCUCGAGAAGAUUGGUGUCCUCGAGCAGGAUGAGGACAAGGGUGGACGCCGCAUCACCCAGGCCGGCCAGCGUGAUCUGGACCGUAUCGCCCAGACCACCGCUGAGGCCGAGGAGGAGGACGACGACGAUGACGAGUAG